AUGACAAUGUCUAUUCGGGUUGUGGUUCUGCUAGCCCUGCCAGCAGUGUUAGCGUUGGGGACUCCGAAGACCUGUACCAAUCCGCAACUGAGCUGUGGAACUUCGACUUCUACUGAUUUGUGCUGCUUCAAUUCGCCUGGAGGUCAAAUGGUUCAGACUCAAUUCUGGGACACAAAUCCAGUUACCGGACCUACAACCAGCUGGACAGUUCAUGGACUAUGGCCAGACCACUGUGAUGGGACUUUUGAUGCCAACUGUGACUCUAGUCGAGAAUAUACAGACAUCACCGGCAUCCUCCAAAGCUUUGGCAAGACUGAUCUCCUCUCGUACAUGCAAACUUACUGGAAGGAUUAUCAGGGAGACGAUGAAUCCUUUUGGGAGCACGAGUGGGGGAAACAUGGCACCUGCAUCAGUACACUUGAGCCUAGUUGCUACACAGGCUACACUUCCAAGCAAGAAGUCGCAGACUACUUCCAGAAAGCAGUCGAUCUCUUCAAGACGCUUGACAGCUACACAUUCCUCAAGAAUGCAAAUAUCGUCCCAUCAACCACAGCAACCUACACCUCGGCCGCAAUUCAAGCCGCGCUGAAAGCCGGAUUCGGCUAUACCGUAACCAUCCAAUGCUCGUCUGGUGCUCUCGAUGAGAUCUGGUACUCUUAUGACGUUCGUGGCUCCGUCCAGACCGGCACAUUCGUACCCGCCGCUCCAGUUGGCCAAACUGGUUCAUGUCCCUCAACAGGCAUCAAAUAUCUCCCAAAAGGAUCUGGAUCCGGCACGCCAACCACGACAGGCUCUGGAUCUACCCCGACUGGAGGUUCAUUUUCUGGCACAGGAUACCUGAAUGCCGUUACCGGAGGCACUGCAAAGGGAUGUAUCAUUAGCGCUGGAACAUGGUAUGCUAGCGGUACCUGUGCUACCAUCACUGCUACCGCCUCAGGCUCUGGGUUCACUUUGAAGUCUUCGAAGGGGAACUGUGGUAUUGUGUCUUCGACUUUUACCUGCGCUUCAGGUGUUACUGCAACGGUAUUUACAGCGAAUGGUGGAAAGUUGGCGUACAACGGAGCAACUACAUUCUAUGCUGCAGCUGUACCCUCGGGCUCUACACAACAAACUGUGUACACUACAUCGAAGGCUGUAAGUGUGACAUUCCAAUGGGCCAGUGCAUAG